CUGGACCUGCCCUACCGGUGUCCGCGGUGCGGGGAGCACAAGCGCUUCCGCAGCCUCUCCUCGCUGCGGGCGCACCUGGAGUACAACCACACCUAUGAGACCCUCUACGUCCUCUCCAAGACCAACAGCAUCUGCGAUGCCGCCGUCUUCCCCUUGGCCGCUGACGGGGCCCUGCUGACACCUGCUGCCCGGCGGGACUAUUUUGAGAGCACUUCCUUCCAAGGCAAGGACCAGCGCUUCUCCUGCGACCUCGUCCCCGCCGAGGAGCUGGAGCCGGCCCCGUCCUCCUCCCCCUCGCCCCGCUAUGUCCACGAGAUCGAGAUCCCGCUGACGGAGAUCUUCACCCGGGGUAAAGCUGUGGCGCCGGCCCCUGCGCCACCGGCCACGAUGGACACUGCCUACGAGGAAGGCUUGGCCCGCCUGAAGAUCCGUGCGGUGGCCAAGCGGCUGGAGAAGCUGACGGAGGAGGUGGAGCAGAAGAUCGCUUCGCAGGUGGGCCGGCUCCAGGUCGAGCUGGACCGCAAGAGCUCGGAGCUGGAGAAGGCCAAACAGGAGAGCCUGCGGCUCAGCCGGGAGAAGCAGGAGCUGGAGGACCGGGCAUCUGAACUGUCUCGCCAGGUGGACGUCAGCGUGGAGAUGCUGGCCUCCCUCAAGCAGGACCUGGUGCAGAAGGAGCAGGAGCUCACUCGCAAGCAACAGGAGGUGCUGCAGAUCGACCAGUUCCUGAAGGAGACGGCCGCCCGUGAAGCCAAUGCCAAGGUCCGCCUCCAGCACUUCAUCGAGGAGCUGCUGGACCGCUGCGGCACGCCGGGGGCCAAGGCCAUCGGCCGAGGGCCACCUGCACGGGCACAGAGAGAUCGGCACCCAGGGCCGGGGGUGGCCGUGCAUGGUCCUUAUGGAGUGUCCAACCAGCGCUCCUCCUCCAGCACCGGGGCCUCGAGCCGGGCCAAAGCCGUGUCACAGAGCUCGGGCUGCUACGACAGCGACAGCGCGGAGCCAUGCCCCACCGACGACACCACCGACGGGCAUCCCUCCGCAGCGCGGGAUGGUGCCCGGGGCUCGGGGCUGGGGCCCUGCCGGCUGACGGCCAGGACCGAGGGGGCCGGGGGCAAGGCGGGCCGGCGGGGCCACUCCAGCGAGGUGAUCAGCCCCGAGAUCCUCAAGAUGCGAGCGGCUCUCUUCUGCAUCUUUACCUACCUGGACACCAAGACCCUGCUGCGGGCGGCCGAGGUGUGCAAGGACUGGAAGUUCGUGGCCCGGCACCCAGCCGUGUGGACACGGGUGCUGCUGGAGAAUGCCAGGGUGUCCUCCAAGUUCCUCGCCAUGCUGUCACAGUGGUGCACCCAGAUGCACUCCCUCACCCUCCAAAACCUCAAGCCACGACAGCGAGGGAAGAAGGAGAGCAAGGAGGACUACAUGAAGAGCACGCGGGGCUGCCUGGAAGCUGGGCUGGAGUCCCUGCUGAAGGCAACGGGCAGCAACCUGCUCAUCCUCCGCAUCUCGCACUGCCCCAACGUGCUGACGGACCGCUCGCUCUGGCUGGCCAGCUGCUACUGCCGGGCCCUGCAGGCUGUCACCUACCGGAGCUCUACAGAUCCCGUGGGUCAUGAAGUCAUCUGGGCCCUUGGAGCAGGUUGCAGGGACAUCAUCUCCCUCCAAGUCGCACCUCUGCACCCAUGCCAGCAGCCAACACGUUUCAGCAACCGCUGCCUUCACUGGCCGCACCUGCGCGCGCUGGGCAUUGGAGGGGCAGGCUGCGGCGUCCAGGGACUGGCCUCCUUAGCCCGAAACUGCAUGCGGCUUCAGGUCCUGGAGCUGGACCAUGUGGCGGAGAUCAACCAGGAGGUUGCGGCGGAGAUGUGUCGAGAGGGGCUGAAGGGGCUGGAGAUGCUAGUGCUGACCUCCACGCCGGUCACCCCCAAAGCCCUGCUGCACUUCAACAGUGUGUGUCGAAACCUGAAGUCCAUCGUCGUGCAGGUGGGCAUUGUGGACUACUUCAAGGAGCCCCACAGCCCUGAAGCCAAGAAGAUGUUUGAAGAAAUGGUGAACAAACUCCAGGCCCUGAGGAAGAGACCCGGCUUCUCCAAGAUUUUACACAUCAAAGUGGAAGGAGGCUGUUAG